UGGAGAUGAGAAGGUGGGUACAAGCUGAAUAGGCUAAAUGUUAGAACACACGCAGUGUUUACUAUUUGGCACGGCAAUUAAAUUAUGUUGUAAUUAUUCAAAUCUAUUUAUAAUAGGUAGUGCGAAAAACACAGAAUAUGAGUGUUUCAUCCGGCUUUUCGAAUUACUGCCACAUAGCGUGGUCUUCUGCUGUCCUCCACUCCGACCCCGCCUCCCUCUGCACCCUGGGCAGAGCUUCAGUAGGAUUCCAAAUGGUAAAAUGGCUGAGAAGCAGAAACACGAAGGCAGGGUUAAAAUAGGACAUUACAUCCUUGGAGACACACUUGGAGUCGGCACCUUCGGAAAAGUUAAGAUUGGGGAGCACCAGCUCACAGGACACAAGGUCGCUGUGAAGAUCCUAAAUCGGCAGAAAAUCCGCAGCCUCGAUGUGGUGGGUAAAAUCAAGCGGGAAAUCCAGAACCUCAAGCUGUUUCGCCAUCCUCACAUCAUUAAACUAUACCAGGUGAUCAGCACCCCGACAGAUUUCUUCAUGGUGAUGGAGUAUGUUUCUGGAGGGGAGCUCUUUGAUUAUAUCUGUAAGCAUGGAAGGGUGGAGGAUGCAGAGGCCAGGCGUCUCUUCCAGCAGAUCAUCUCUGCAGUCGAUUACUGCCACAGACACAUGGUCGUCCACCGCGACCUGAAACCAGAGAACGUCCUGCUUGACGGCAGCAUGAACGCCAAGAUUGCUGACUUUGGGCUGUCCAACAUGAUGUCUGACGGGGAGUUCCUGAGGACAAGCUGUGGAUCUCCCAACUAUGCUGCCCCUGAGGUCAUCUCUGGGAGGCUCUACGCGGGUCCCGAGGUGGACAUUUGGAGCUGUGGGGUCAUCCUGUACGCCCUGCUGUGCGGGACCUUGCCCUUCGAUGACGAGCACGUGCCCACGCUGUUCAAGAAGAUCCGCGGGGGCGUGUUCUACAUCCCGGAGUACCUGAACCGCUCGGUGGCUAGCCUGCUAAUGCUCAUGCUGCAGGUGGACCCCCUGAAGCGGGCCACAAUCAAAGACAUCAGAGAGCACGAAUGGUUCAAGCAGGACCUCCCUGGCUACCUGUUUCCCGAGGACCCCUCAUACGAUGCUAACGUGAUUGACGAAGAGGCUGUGCGGGAGGUGUGCGAGAAGUUUGAGAGCACCGAGUCGGAGGUGAUGAGCAGCCUGUACAGCGGAGACCCCCAGGACCAGCUGGCCGUGGCGUACCACCUCAUCAUCGACAACCGCCGCAUCAUGAACCAGGCCAGCGAGUUCUACCUGGCCUCCAGCCCGCCCACGGGCUCCUUCAUGGAGGAGGGCAUGCUGCUGCCCCCGGGGGUCAAGCCCCACCCCGAGCGCAUGCCCCCGCUCCUGGCCGACAGCCCCAAGUCGCGCUGCCCCCUCGAUGCCCUCAACACCACCAAGCCCAAGCCGCUGGCUGUCAAGAAGGCCAAGUGGCACCUGGGCAUCCGCAGCCAGAGCAAACCUUACGACAUCAUGGCCGAGGUGUACCGUGCCAUGAAGCAGCUGGAGUAUGACUGGAAGGUGGUGAACCCCUACCACCUGCGGGUGAGGAGGAAGAAUCCUGUCACGGGGAACUUUGUGAAGAUGAGCCUGCAGCUCUACCAGGUGGACAAUCGCAGUUACCUCCUGGACUUCAAGAGCAUCGAUGAUGACAUCGUGGAGCUGAAGUCGGGCUCCUCCACGCCCCAGCGCUCGGGCUCGGCCGCCGGGCUCCACCGGCCGCGGCUGAGCAUCGACUCGGCGUCGGCCUCGAUGUCGGUGGAGACGCCCCAGCUCAGCAGCUCCCUGCCGGGCUCCCUGACUGGCAGCGCCCCCUUGCUCACGCCGCGCCAGGGAAGCCACACCAUGGACUUCUUCGAGAUGUGCGCCAGCCUCAUCACCACGCUGGCGCGCUGAGUCACGCUGCCCGCGUGAAUCGCACGGCGGGGUGGGGCGGGCACACCCCCGGCCACGCCCUCACGUGUAAGUCCUGCCCGCUGUAUAUGACCCCACUCCUGUCCCUUACCCUUAAUCUCCUAAUCACUGUUAAAAUGCCAUCACUAUAGCACAGCUGAUUUCCCUAGGAAGUUUCAGAAUUUGUUGAUUAUUUUCUUUUGUUUUAUAUAUAUUUUUAAAAGAAAUUGCAGCUGCAGAUGAUAUAUAAUACAUUGUACACAUGUAUACAUGUAUGAUAUAUUUAUAUUAUCUCUUAGUUUUGACAGCAAGUUGCUGUGUGAAUAAUUGAAAGGGCAUACCAAAAAUGGUGUAUACAUAAGAGAAGAUUCUAAUGAUUUAGAGAUGUCAGAUUUUUAUUUAUUUUUUGAUGAUUGUUUGAUAUGUUCUAGUUUAAUUAAGUACUGUCCUGAGAUUUCAGGUUAUUACCCUGCUACACCGUGACCUGAAUUUAAAGCUGGUACAUGCGCAGUAGUUGUUGGAACAAGCAGGCUAGCAAUGAGGCAAUAUUGGCAGGCUGAAUUCAGCAGAUAUUCAAACAUCAUUUCUGGACUUGUAACACAUCACACUCAAGUUUGCAUAAUUCUGGGAUGCGGAUUUGUGGCUUUUGCCACCACAACCUCACAGGUAUUAUCCUGAGCCUCGGUUGUGGUGUUUAUUCACGUAAGUGGUCUGAGGUCAGUGCUUUGGAUUUGCUUAGGAGUCCUCCUGUCUGUGAGUUAUUAAGACUCCAAAGAUUGAUAUGAUUUAUCCAAAAUUAAAUCUGUAUUCUAAAGAAUAAAUGGGGGAUUAACUUGAUUUUUUAAGAUUGCUACCCAAGCAUGAAAACAAUUGGAAAACACAAUGACUCAUUGGUCCAGUGGGCAGAUUUACACUUGAUUAGUGAUCAAAUGGUCAGUCAUACACUGUAAUACUGUAUAUUAAAGUAGCGCUGUACUAAAUUGACCGCAAAUGACAAUUGAGUGGCAUUAAAUAAAAGGGAAUAGUUCAGGUUUGUUUUCUGGAAGAAAAAAAAAGUUGUGCUUUGAAAUAGGUCAAAGUAAGUUGAAUUUAGCCAUCUAAUGAUUUAUGAUUGGUGGUUGGGAUGGACAAACAGGAAACAAAAGGCUGGAGAUUUCAGCCAAAACGAGGACAGCUAGUGAACGAGAGUACCGCUCUACUUACUCUUAAAUUCCAGACCCCAGCCCUGGUUCAUCUGAGGAACGGGGAGGCUUCAGUACUCCCCGUUCUCCAUGUGCUGGCUUAAUCGACCCAGCAGUUGCCGUCGGUAAUUGGACGCCGUAGCCAGUGGAAUAUAACGGAAAUGCAGCGAGGGCGAAUGUCUCUGCUGGACUGUGAAGGCCGUGGAUUUCACUCUGUGUCCUUGGCUGGACAAGGAAAGCACAGUAAUUAGUCUGUGUCCUUCUCCGGAAAACGGGUAGUGCUGAGAACCUCUACGAGAGAGGGUAGCCGUCUACCUGGAUACGUACGACAACUGCUCUUUAACAAACUAACAAACUCCCCCUUUGGAUUGGCCUGUAUCUAAAAGUAGGCAAAGUGAGCAGAAAGGAAUGAUUUAACAUUUACUUGGUACUGUUUUCCUGUGGUAGUCAGCUUUUUUAAAAGCUGCAAAACUGAUUUGAUCAGUUCACCCAAGGGGGAAAAAAAACCUGGUUGGUUGUUCCCAGAAGUUGUGUGGUGAUUUGAGGUGAUUGGUGUUUGCUGAAGUCCUGCCUGAGAUCAAAGCCAGGGAAAAUAAUUUAAAGCCACUGAAAACUUCCUCCAGUUGCCUUAAAUACACUGUACUGUUUUCUUUCUUUUUUUUGAUUAUGUCUGUAUUGCAUAUUUAUGUCGAUAGAAAUAUUUAUUAGUGCUGAACACCUUAUUUAACCUCACUUCUCAGAAGUUACUGUGAAUCAGUGAAGAUCAUGAGGCGGGUAGGUAGUGACACUUUGGGAAGGCUUAUCUGUGCUAAGAAACAUUUGUGCCAAUAGAAAAGACAGAAAAGCAGUGGAGACUGUAUUGGUCAUGCUGAGUGGCCUUUCAAUCUCCAUAGAUACUGCAGGAGUCACUCCAGCCAAUCAAGGCUUCAAGGUUGAAAUGUACCACCAAUGAAAAUGAGUGUUAAGGGGGAGGAUGGGUUUCAGCUACUGCAGUCACUUUAGCAAUAGUGAUGAUCAGUUUGAAGAUUGAAAAGCCAGCAUGUACGAUAUAUUAGCUGAAUUUUCAUCUCCCUCACCUGCUGUUUCUGAUAAAUAUGUUUAUACUGAAGCAGCAGCAGAAUAUAGACACUGUAACUUUUUCAUCAACAUUUCACUUCUUAGGUCUUCCUGAAAUUCUCUGCCUACCUUUCAUAUAUUGUCCUGAGUGAGGAGUCAUUCUUCUGAAUGCAUGAGGUUGUGUUACUGUGUUUCGUACCAUGUUGAUUUGUAAUGGCACAAUAAGCUGAAGUAUUGCUGUAUCGUUUAUACAUGAAUGUAAAAACACGAGGACUUGAAAAUAUGUUAAAAAGCAUUUAAUUAAGAAUACACAAUGUAUGCUGUUAAAUUCACAGAGUUAUCAUUGCGUUAGCAUUGUCAGCGAGCG